AUGCCGAGUGUGGAGGAUUCUUCGUUGAUGGGGUACGGAAAGGGUGCUAAGCUGUCGGGAGCAGCGGAGACAGAUGCAGGUGUAAUAAUUCCUCUGUUGGCGUCUGUGGUGGCGAAGUUUUUUGACGACUCGUCUAUGGGUUCGAAGAUGCGUUCAGUAACAGACAUGGUAUGUCAAUUAUCUGAUGCGGAAGCUGAGUCGAAGAUGUUUCAGGAUUCGGUGUACUUCUGUUUCGUGGAGGACAUAGUUGCAGCUACAUUGAUAUGUGGAGAGUCUGAGCAGUCUAUAACGUGUCCCAAGUCAUUGGUGGAGUAUGCGCACACACGUGAGGAUUUCCCAUCAACGAAUUGUAUGGUAGCAAAUUCAACAUUGCAUACAGGUACGAUUCCGAACGUGGUGAAUUUUAGUGAUGACGACUUGAUAUUACCAUUAUUGAUGGUGGAUUUAUUACGUUCUAGUAAUGAGAAAAUGUUACCACGAUUUAUACCUACCAAAGUGAGUGUGCAGGAAUCUCUAACCUACCUGCUACUAUAUCGUUCCUGUAUAAUUGCAGCGAGCUAUUCUCGUCAACCUUAUCUAUGUGGUGCUGACAAAGUAAAUGCACCAGUGUUAGUACCAGGUUGGCAAUUACCUUUAGUACUGACAUUAAUGCCGGAGGGUGAUCCUAUUUUCACCGCUAAGGAUUUAAAGAAUGAUGGGGUACCAUUGGUAUUUAUUUCACAGUCAAAUGUAUCCCCAUGCUCCUUCCUUAUAACAGUCCGUGGUACAGCUACAAUGUUCGAAUGGAUCCAAGAUUUUGAAUACUGGCAAACACCAUUUUUCGCGAACCCGAAAGUGAAAACACAUGUUGGAUUCACUCGGAUAUUAAGCUCUGUACUUGCCGCACUUGAAGACUUUCUUGUAGCACAAUCUGAACGCAAUCAAUGCAGCUGUCGGAAUACACAUCUAUUCUUUACCGGACACUCACUUGGCGCCGGAGUUGCACAGUUACUCGCUCUACAUUUCGCAGAUCGCUAUAAGUCUACCCAAUGCCCACUAGAUGUUUCAGCCGUUGUCUUUGCACCACCAAGAGUCUUCAAUGAUUAUGGAGCUGCUCAAUGGCGUAGAACCGUUAAUGGACGGGUCGUUCUAGAUUCCGGAGAUGGCCUUGCUUACAUGCCUUGUUACGAUGGCAAUAGCAAGGCCGGAUGGGCACGAUGCAGUCGCGGACAUAUGCCACUACCUGGACGAGGUCGUGAUCAUUAUUCAGAUAAUUAUGGCAUCGUUGAAAUCAACGUCGAAUAUGUUGAGAAAAAAGGCGGGAAAACACUCGAAACUCUCAUGCAGUCCCUAUUCCCAUCAGGCACCACUCAAGACGAGCCAUCUGUACUCUCCACACUCUUCUCUAAACUCGUCGAACUCGGCAUACCCGGAUUAGGACGCAUUCCAAGUCUUGGAGCCAUGGGCGCCUCUCAUGUCUGCUCUGCCGCCUGCAAAUUCAGCCAAACCGCAUGCGGUGGUGAUUUCAAAUGGUGGUGUGAUAAAUGCCCCAUGCUACUCUAA